AUGGAAACUGGUCUGAAAAAACGUGCAGUUCCAAAAAUCUCCUUUGUUUCUGCUCCAACAAGCCCGAAGCUAUUUUACCGUACAGUAGAAAGUGGUUCGAAAACGCUACCCAAGGGAUCAAAUAAGAUAACUCAUCAUCUUCUCCGCCCUGGGCUUCUUUCACAAGGCCGCAAAAGGUCCACAACUAUCACUGCCAAGCCUCUCGCAAACUCAUAUCGACCGACGUCUCAAGACAGCACAGGCUGUUAUACAGUCUCUUCGACCACUUCAUUUCCUUGUAAAUUUCGCUUCUCUGAACUUUCCAAAAUUCAAUCUCAGCCGAAUUUUCAUCCUGGCUCUCAAAAUCGUCUACAAGGCAUCGAUCACAUUCUUUCCGAAAUAGAAAAAGAAAAAUCGAACAAUUUAAAACCUUACUAUGAUAAUGGUAAAGUAUUUUUCCAGAAGCUAGGAAACGAGCUAAAAGAGUCUGUAAAUCUAGUAUAUGAUGAAAUGAUGGCUAAAAAGAGAAAAAGAUAUAAGAGAAGCUUGUAUAUAAAAGUUGAGCCAAACGAAGUUCUGACUACAGAAGGGCUCAAAAAAUUAAGAAAGCAAUUAAGAUUCGAUAUGAAAAGAGUUAAUAAAUAA